GGCGCUCUCAGAACUCCAACCCCCGCCAGUCCCCGCGGCCCAGGCCGUUGCCGCUUCCUGUUUGGACUGGGAACCCCGCGGUCGCAAAUUGCGAGGAUUUGGGAAGGGAGUCCUUGUCUUCUCGCCUAGUUCUCCGAGAUUGAAAGCUCGGCCUGCUCAGGUAGAUCACGCUCCCAGAGAAGGAAACAGGUCCAUCGAGUUGGAGAAACCCCGCUCAACACCAGGACUAACUUCUUCAGUGCUUAGAGUGUGAGAAAAAUGGCAAAUAUGAAUAGUGAUUCUAGGCAUCUUCUCAUCUCUGAGGUAGAUCAUGAAAGAGAUCCCGGACCUAUGAAUAUCCAGUUUGAGUCAUCAGAUCUAAGAUCCAAAAGGCCUUUCUAUAUAGAGCCCACAAACAUCGUCAAUGUGAAUCAUGUCAUUCAGAGGGUUAGCGACCAUGCCUCCGCCAUGAACAAGAGAAUUCAUUACUAUAGCCGGCUCACCACUCCUGCAGACAAGGCACUGAUUGCCCCAGACCAUGUAGUUCCAGCUCCAGAAGAGUGCUAUGUGUAUAGUCCAUUGGGCUCUGCUUAUAAACUUCAAAGUUACACUGAAGGAUACGGUAAAAACACCAGUUUAGUAACCAUUUUUAUGAUUUGGAAUACCAUGAUGGGAACAUCUAUACUAAGUAUUCCUUGGGGCAUAAAACAGGCUGGAUUUACUACUGGAAUGUGUGUCAUCAUACUGAUGGGCCUUUUAACACUUUAUUGCUGCUACAGAGUAGUGAAAUCACGGACUAUGAUAUCUUCAUUGGAUACCACUACCUGGGAAUAUCCAGAUGUCUGCAGACAUUAUUUUGGCUCCUUUGGGCAGUGGUCAAGUCUCCUUUUCUCCUUGGUGUCUCUCAUUGGAGCAAUGAUAGUUUAUUGGGUGCUUAUGUCAAAUUUUCUUUUUAAUACUGGAAAGUUUAUUUUUAAUUUUAUUCAUCACAUUAAUGACACAGACACUAUACUGAGUAGCAAUAAUAGCAACCCUGUGAUUUGUCCAAGUGCCGGAAGUGGAGGCCAUCCUGACAACAGCUCUAUGAUUUUCUAUGCCAAUGACACAGGAGCCCAACAAUUUGAAAAGUGGUGGGAUAAGUCCAGGACAGUGCCCUUUUAUCUUGUAGGGCUUCUCCUUCCACUGCUCAAUUUCAAAUCUCCUUCAUUUUUUUCAAAAUUUAAUAUCUUAGGAACAGUAUCUGUUCUUUAUUUGAUUUUCCUUGUCACCUUUAAGGCUGUUCGCUUGGGAUUUCAUUUGGAAUUUCACUGGUUUAUACCAACAGAAUUUUUUGUACCAGAGAUAAGACUUCAGUUUCCACAGCUGACUGGGGUGCUUACCCUUGCUUUUUUUAUUCAUAAUUGUAUCAUCACACUCUUGAAGAACAACAAGAAACAAGAAAACAAUGUGAGGGACCUGUGCAUUGCUUAUAUGCUGGUGACAUUAACUUAUCUCUAUAUUGGAGUCCUGGUUUUUGCUUCAUUUCCUUCGCCUCCAUUAUCCAAAGAUUGUAUUGAGCAGAAUUUUUUAGACAACUUCCCUAGCAGUGACACCCUGUCCUUCAUUGCAAGGAUAUUCCUGCUGUUCCAGAUGAUGACUGUAUACCCACUCUUAGGCUACCUGGCUCGUGUCCAGCUUUUGGGCCAUAUCUUCGGUGACAUUUAUCCUAGCAUUUUCCACGUGCUGAUUCUUAAUCUAAUUGUUGUGGGAGCUGGAGUGAUCAUGGCCUGUUUCUACCCAAACAUAGGCGGGAUCAUAAGAUACUCAGGAGCAGCAUGCGGCCUGGCCUUUGUAUUCAUAUAUCCAUCACUCAUCUAUAUAAUUUCCCUCCACCAAGAAGAGCGUCUGACGUGGCCUAAAUUAAUCUUUCACGUUUUCAUCAUCAUUUUGGGUGUGGCUAACCUGAUUGUUCAGUUUUUUAUGUGAAAUACCUCAACUGUUUGUUUUCUCAAGAGCUUUCAUGGUGUUUUGAGCCUUGACAACAGUUCUAUAUAAAUACACUUGUAAAUGCUGCUGUUGUGUAAUUCUAAAUGUUUUCUAAGAUAAUUUGAAAGCAAGGGAAAUAGUGGCCCAUUAAUAAGUAUUUUUGUAUUGGGGUGGGGAAAGGGGCAAAAAGAAUGAUCUUAGUGUCUUUACUUUCUCAUAUUAACUCCCCUCUUCAUUCUGUGAUCUUUUCUGAAUAGAAAUGUAUGCCCUAGGAAGAAAUCAUGCUGGUUUUGCUUUUAGAGAUAAAAAGUGGUGGAUUUAUUUUGCCUGCAAUAAAGAUUCUCAGGGUGUCACAGCAGCAUAUUGCCAAAUCCUUCUUCUGUUUUAUGUUUCAGUGUAUUCACUUUCAUUUUCUUACUUACUAGACCGUUUCUGCAGUUUGCCCAAACCUCUACUGUUUGGGACAGUAAGUCAAAUACCUCAUUUUUUAAAAGAUGUUUUCAUGGUAUCAGUGUUAAUAGAGUACAUUCUUAACUGAGUCUUUAAUGUUUAUUUGAAGAAAAAGUGAGACAAAAGCAAUGUCAAUGUAGUCCCCAUGAUCAUGAAAUGUAUACAAAAUAAAGUAGGAGAAUUUGUUGCUG